GGUCGACUUCGGUCGCGUUUUAGUCCACCUUAGCUUGGUCUUGUAAGUUUUUGCUUUUUCAUUCAAUUGGCUUAUCUUUCUAUUAAUGCCAAUUUUAUUUUUGUUGAAUUAUUUUUCUUUUUUCCAUUUUUCCCUUCCUACUUUGUGCUGGGAUUCCCUUGCCCCCUCCCAUUGGAUACACUUUCAUCGGAUUCGCACAAGAAAGUACAAAGUUCACAGGGACGAUCUUCAGCUUACCAUCCUCCUUUUGAUUAUAUUGAUUAGUUUUAUUAUAUUUUUUUUUCUUUGCCCCCCUCGCUUUUGCUUUCGCGUUUGCCAUCCCCUGUUCCCGCGGUGUGCUAGGAUCAAUGCAUGUCGCCUUGUUUCAGAUUCGACUCGAGUCCCUUUUCCUUCUGUAGACAGGUAUCACUGCCUCUUGUUAUUUUUAUUACAUAUUAUUAUUUCCUGCUCGGCUGCUUUCUUUCAUUGGCUAUGCUUUUCCACCGACGAGGGUUUGGCUGUUACCAGUCCGCCGGUCACCAGCCAUUCAUCUGCAAUGGCGGCGGCCGAUCCGUCGCACUGUCGGACACAUCCUCUAUCACUUGCCUAUUGGAUCGGGAUCCUCGAGCCCAGCUGUGGCAAGCUCUAGUGGAGCCGCUCGGUGGUUUCUCUCCUCACUAGUCAUUGGACAAUAACUCCGCUGUCGAAUGGGCCUACCUUCAUCACUCAUUUACUGGGCUAGCUGUCCCCCGCCCGAUGUAUGGGUCAUGGACAAGGUUCUUUCGUGCAAGGCCCAGUUUAGCUCUUGAGCCGGUGUACUCCAAAUCACUAGAGGGUGGUCUGGCAAACAAUCUCCCCUUUCCCCUCAGAUCCUUUGUCUAGACUUCCGCGGCCUUUGGCAGGUAAUAAAACUAAAUAUUUUGGGAUCCGAUUUCGCGACGCUGCUGCUUUCUUGAUCGCCCUCCGAUCCUGUUUCCCUCCAUACAUCCUGCCCCCCUCCUCCCCAUCCCCGC